CGGGACAGAGGGACAGGAAUUGCCCCAGGGGGGGCAGCAGAGGCCGGAGCCCUCCCCGGGCAGCCCCUCGAGCCCCGGCACGUCCACGCAGCCCCGGAAAUCCCCGGGGGCGGGACGGCAACGGGCCGGGGAUAAAAGCGGCGAGCGGGACGGGCUGGAGGCGGCGGGCGGACAGACAGACGGAGAAAGCGCGGGACGGACCCAGGGACGGGGACGGCGGUGCGCAGCCAGAGCGCACCCGGAAACCCCGACCCGGACGGGCCCGGAGCGGCCCCACAGGAUCCAUCCCGGAGAGUCCGAACCGAACCUUCCCGGGGAAUCCGAACCGAACCUUCCCGGGGAACCCGAAUUGAACCUUCCCGGUGCUCCCGGGGAACCCGAACCGACCCAACCGUAGAACCCGAACCGAAACUUCCAGAAGUCCGGACCGGCGCUGGAUCCAACCCAGAGACCCUGAACCCGCCGCCCCCCACCGGCCCCCCGCCCCCGGUGCUCCCGGCGCAUCCCGGCGCUCCCGCGGCACCGGGAGCCGCUGUCCCCGCCGGGAUGGUGGCCCCGGCGCUGCUGGCGCUGGCCCUGGGCGCCCUGGGUGUCGUGGCAGUGCCCCCCGAGGGUCCCCUCGUGUCCCUGUCAGCCUCGGACGCGGUGGUGAGGAUGCCGUUCAAGGUCACCUGCAGCAUCAAGCCCGCCGUCCCCGCCACCAACGUCACCAUCACUGCCAACAACCUCACCUGGCCGGUGACACUGAGCCAGGACGGCCACCAGGCCACCGCUGAGGUCACCGUACAAAACAAGGGCAAUGUCCAGCUGGGCUGCACCGUCCACAUGGGCAGCAGGAAGCUCCAGACCAACGCCACUGUCCAGGUCUUCUAUGUCCCCGUGCCACUGCUGAAUGUCACCAACACCGCCAAGGCUGGCACUGAGCUGAGGGGACAAUGCUCGCUGCCACCUGGAGCCGUCAGUGACAUCCAGGUGAAGGUGGCCACCAACCACAGUGUCCUGGUGGAUUUUAAAAAGCCCCCGGUGACCUUCAGCCUGAUGGUGACAGAGGAGGAUGCAGAGAAGGGGCUGGUGGUGACCUGUGAGGCCAAGAUGCACCCGGACCCCCCGAGGAACAAAUCCCAAGUGAUCCAUGUGCUGGUCAAACCUCGGCUGGACAGGGAGCUCUGCCCCCCACAGCAGAACUGGACGGAGGGGCAGGACGGGAUCCUGAACUGCAGCGCCAAGGGGACACCUAAGCCGCAGGUGAACUGUUCCAAGGAUGGGAAUUUCCUCACCCCUGGAAAAUCCCAUCCCAUCAACCGCGCCCACGCCGGGACCUACCUGUGCCGGGCCACCAACGAUCUGGGGACGGCCGAGCGCAACGUCACCGUCUGGGUGCAGUAUGACGCCUCGGUCCCGCUGCUCCCGCUGCUCCUGGGGACGCUGCUGCCGGCGGUCGUCGUCUUCCUGACCCUGGCCGUGGGCUACCUCCUCCACCGCCAGGGCAAGAUCGGCGAGUACCGGCUCUGGAAGCGGCACCCGCGGCCGGACGCGCAGCCCCUGCGGCCCCGGGGCGGCUCCGCGGCCGCUCCCAACGGAUCCGCGGCCCCGUAGGCGGGGAGAGCCCGUGGAGGGGCCGGGAGCCCCUGCCCGUCCCUCCGCCGCGGCCACCGAGGGGACGGCGACAGCGGGGACCGGCCAGGGCCAGCGCGGGGGAUGCGGCUCCCAGGCUGGGAUGGACUGGGAUGGACUGGAAUGGACUGGGAUGCACUGGGAUGGACAGAUCCAGCAAGGCCCCAGUGUGGAUCGCCGAGUUUCGCUCCAGAUUUUAUCCCUCGAGUGUUUUUUGGGGCGGAUUUGGUGAUUUUGGAGGUCUUGGAGCUCCCCGGGCGGAGCAUCCUGGGUUGAAUCGCGGGGAUUUCGGAGCUGGCGGGAGGACAAGGAGCAGGAGGGAGGGGACAGAGAGGCGACAGUGACACGUACCACCAAUAAACGCUGCAGGUGGC